ACGGGCCGUGGUUUUCCGGGCUGUGCCGCUGUGCGGGCACGUCCGGAGCACGGCGGGGCGAGGGGUUCGCGGAGCCGCUCCGGGGCUGCCCUGCCGCUGCCCUCUGGGGGUACCGAGCGGCUGCGGGACCCCACAGCCCCCGCUCUGGGGCCGGCGCUGCGCCGACCACGGGGAAGGUGGCCCUGUAAGAGCGCCGGCCUCUUCCGAGCGGGCUCGGAGCUGCCCCUCGCUCCGCGCCUCCUUCUCCCCGCCCUGGGAGAUGGGGUCACCGUGUGUGUUAUGCCGCUGCCUGCCCGCGGUGGCAUAGCGCUGCGCCGGACGCCUGUUCGCCGUCCUGCUGCUGGGCGUGUUGCUGAGGUUACCCCGUUCUCCCCUGCACGGUUUUGUGGCUUCCCGUUUGCCAGCAAGCAUGGAGUUUGCGGAGCUGAUCAAGACCCCCCGAGCGGACAACGUGGUCCUGCACCGCCCGUUCCAUAUGGCGGUGGAGGGGACUCUGUGUUUGACUGGCCAUCACCUCAUCUUUUCUUCGCGGCGUCAUGAUAACGCUGAGGAGCUGUGGCUGCUGCACUCCAACAUUGAUUCUAUCGAGAAAAGGUUUGUGGGCUCAUUGGGUACCAUCGUUAUAAAAUGCAAAGAUCUGCGGAUUAUUCAGCUGGAUAUACCUGGGAUGGAGGAGUGUUUGAACAUUGCAAGCUCUAUUGAGGCUCUUUCCACCCUGGACUCUGUCACUCUUAUGUAUCCCUUCUUCUACCGGCCCAUGUUUGAAAUCAUUGAAGAUGGCUGGCGCUCUUUUCUGCCUGACCAAGAAUUUGAGCUUCUCAGUUCAGUAACAGAUGAAUGGCGUCUAAGCUGCAUCAAUAGGGAUUUCUCUGUCUGUCCAUCCUACCCUCCAGUUGUCAUUGUCCCCAAAUCCAUCGAUGAUGAAGCGCUUUGGAAAGUUGCCAUGUUCCGCCACGGCAGUCGCUUCCCAGUCCUCAGCUAUUACCAUAAGAAGAAUGGGAUGGUCAUGAUGCGAAGUAGCCAGCCUCUUACAGGUACAAAUGGAAGACGGUGUAAAGAAGAUGAGAAGCUUAUUAACGCCACCCUACGGCCUGGCAAACGUGGCUACAUCAUUGAUACCAGGUCUCUGAAUGUUGCCCAGCAGGCCAGGGCCAAAGGAGGGGGCUUUGAACAAGAAGCGCACUAUCCCCAGUGGAGGAGGAUUCAUAAAUGUAUUGAGAGGUUUAACAUUCUGCAGGAAAGCCUCAUUAAACUUGUGGAAGCUUGUAAUGACCAGUCGCACAACAUGGAUCGCUGGCUCAGUAAACUGGAAGCAUCCAACUGGCUGACUCACAUCAAGGAGAUACUAACUGCAGCUUGCCUAGCUGCUCAGUGUAUUGAUAGGGAAGGUGCGUCAGUGCUAGUCCAUGGGACUGAAGGAACUGAUUCGACACUCCAGGUAACUUCUCUGGCACAGAUUAUCUUGGAUCCAAGGUGCAGGACCAUACGUGGCUUUGAAUCCCUUGUUGUGAGGGAGUGGCUGCAGGCUGGUCACCCUUUUCAGCAGCGGUGUGCCCAAUCAGCUUAUUCAAAUAGCAAGCAGAAAUGGGAGGCCCCAGUGUUUCUUCUCUUUUUGGACUGUGUGUGGCAAAUCCUUCGUCAGUUCCCUUGCUCUUUUGAAUUCAACGAACGGUUCCUCAUUAUGCUCUUCGAACAUGCUUAUGCUUCACAGUUUGGGACUUUCCUGGGAAACAACGAAAAUGAGAGGUCUAAACUGAAGCUGCCGCAAAAGACUAUGUCCCUGUGGUCCUGGGUGAACAGUGCUGAAGAGCUGAUAAAAUUCCAGAAUCCUCUUUUUGAGGCCAACAGCCUUGUCAUCUGGCCCUCUGUUGCCCCACAGAGCCUGCAGCUCUGGGAAGGUGUCUUUCUUCGGUGGAACAGGCCUUCCAAGUUCCUGGAUGAAGCCCAGGAAGAAAUGAUCAACAUCAUAAAAUACAACAAGCAACUUCAGGCAAAGGUUAAUGCAUUGAGGAGGCAGAUAGCAGAGAUGGGAACAGAUGAUAGGAUGUAGGAGAACCUGUGAGCUGGCAGGGCUUUGCCUCAGGUCUUUCCUUUCCAGUCCCCUUUACGUUAAAGACUAAACAUGGAAAGUGCAUGUAUUGCAGAGCCCUCUGGGUACAGCUGGCCCUCAGUCCUCCCACUGCUGAAACCUCCACUUCACACUAUGUACCUCUGCUUUUUGGGAGGGCAUUUUGUUUUGUUUACAGCAGACAUACAUGACUGGGCACAGUGUCCUCCUCUCUUGGCAGCUUUUGUGUCUCAAUAUUGUGUAGUGUCAGCAGAAGCUGGAACUCUUACCUCCAAGCAACUGUGUGGAUGACCAGGAUCGGCCAAGAGACAGGAUGUUUCACACUUCUUUUGGACUUAUUCUGAUCUUGUUGAACUCUCUAAACACUCAGCAGGAUGAAAAUACAAAGUUAUGUGUAGAUAGGUAAAGGUGUUUUGUCUGGAAGCACCUUUUCUCCAGAAGUAAGGCAGCUUAGUUCUUUAGUUUCCUGGAAAAACUAGAGAAUGGUACAAUCUAUCUGCAGGUUCUACCAGUCUAUAUGAUACCCUCGGUAGCCUUCACAUCUAAUAACACUUGGGGUUUUUUAUGUUAAGCAUUGGCUUGGGAGCAGUAAGUUGAAUACCAAACUAGAGUGAGAAAUUUCAGUGCAAUACAAAACUGAAGGAGGGAUUCUGCUGCUAAUGUUUAAGCCAUGACCUUCAGGUAGAAUUGCCCUGCAUGGAAGAAUAUCUGUUCUUUAUUCUACCUGGAAAACAAAAGGGUUAAGCAGUUGACAGAGGUGUUCACUUGCAAGACAGUGGCUCAGAGUUGUCCUUUUAACUAGAAUCAAGCUGCCUUCUUGAAACUUUGAACUGCACUGGCUGGUUUUCUGCACUUGAACAGCUUCUCAGCAUUGCUGGGGUGCAAGAGCGGGGCUUAACAUGCAGCUCAACAAAACACUUUUGCUCCACCUGGUGUGCUUUUUCCUUCAUGCUCUUGCAAUACAUUUUGUGAGACAUCAAAAGCGGAAGCCAGAAGUUAAGGUGAUCUGGCACACCAGGUAGCUGCUGCAGAAGAAAGGGCCAUCACUACAAAACCGCUAAUGAUUUAGGUCAUGUGUAGCUGCUAAAACUGCUUGAAGACUUUAGGGAUAAGCUUUUUUCCAAGUACCUGUAUUUUGUAGCUGGUCUUUGUGUUUCUGUGACUGAAAUCUGCUUUUAUAAAAUCAGAGGUUUUGCUAGAGAGUUUUUCUCUUAAGAAAAUAAUGCAGAUAAGAGUGGGUCUGAAAUAUUAACUCACCUAGGCUUUAUUCAGCUUGAUUCCAUUGGUAGCUGUACAUGACUGAGAAGACUUGAAUUAACGAAAGUGCACAUGGGACUGUCUAAAAGGGCUAACAAGCCUGGUCUGCUGAAAUGAAUGGAGCUGCAUCAGGUCAGCAUUGAUCUCUUUGGAAACUGUUGAGCUUCUGUGACAGUUUAAUCUCCUUUUGAAAUGAAGCUGCCUUUAUUUAAAAGCCACUUCAUAUAAAGAUAGGUGUACGUGAGAAUACAGCAUCUUUAGCUGUCAUAGAAGUAUCUGGAGAGUAAUUGCAAAAAUCAUGUAACCACUAAAUAUAUUCUAAGAUAAGUUCUAUAAUCAAGAAGCUAUGUAAAAUUAUGUGAAUAGCGAUUAGGUGCUACCUUAAUGCCUGUUGCUUCAGUCCUUAUUUCUUUAAUUGUUUUCUUCUCAAGUAACCUAAACUUAGGGCUAAGUCAUCUGGCUUAAAAAAUAAAAAGAUCCCUUUUAAACUGAUGUUCAGUUAAGGCAGAAGAGUAAUUCCCCUACUUGUAAUACCUAUUUCUGUUUAGUUUUGAAGAGUGACGGUCUUGCUCACUAAACCCAGUCUGACAUAGGGAACGCUUCCCAGGGUGUCUGCACUGUAUAACAGAGGAGGCACAAGUUGGCCAUGCUUUCCUCCCACUGCCAAACACUGUCUUCUAGAGCUGCCUUCCAAGUAUAAUGCAAAUGUAAGUCCCUAAAAUUAUUCCUCACCCUUUAAAAUUAUGACUGUGGGAUCUGCACCUGCCUGGGUGCUGUAUCCAUAUCCAAUUCAGAAUUUCUACUGUUCCUGUACAUCUGAAAUGCAUUCUCGCUAACCAGAUGGGAAGGAUUCAGAAGGCGUUAUUUUCCCCAUAAUAGACUAUACAUGAAGCACACUUAAAGGUUAUGCAAUUUCCUAACAUAGUAAUUAUGUAUUGAGCUAAAUAAUAGAGAAGCGAAGAGGGUUUUUUUUUGAUCUAAUUGCGGGGCUGCUCUAGUCUCUCAUGCAAACUGCAGGCAUCUGAGGAAAUUGGGUAACCAGCUGUGACAGCUAACAAAAGGCAGCAAAUUCUCUCUGAGCUGGCAUUUCAUCCUCGAUGGGUGUAUCAGGACUGAAUCCACACCCCAGUGCUGUGUGCUUGCCUCAGCUUAAUGCUGUUUCACAGCCUCCAUGUGAAAAUGCUGGUGUUGGUCUGAGCAGCCACAGCAGUUUCUUCCCUGAUCCUCUGCUGUGUAGGCACUGCAAACAGCAAGAGCUGGAGGCUUGAAUUAACCUGCAGGUCACCACCUUCCUGAGAUGUUACCUGGAGAAGUCCUGCAAGGUAUUGCACAUGAUGUGUAGGCCAUUGCACGUAGUACUGGGAGAAGCCAGUUCACAGACCUCCUGUACCAGGCUACUUGCAUGUUCUCUUUUACCUUUCUGUUCCCAGUGCUUUCUAGGCUCCAGUCUGGUGGCUACUGGUGUAAUACACAGUGGAGCACGUCAGAGCUUUGUUUACCUGUGUGUCCACCACAUUUAUUCACAUAUUUAAUGUUGAUGACCAGCUUGCUUCCUCUUGGAGGGGCAUAUCUGGUGGACUCUACCCCCUGAAGUCACUGGCACCUUGUUUGCAGGUCACCUCAUCUUCCUGAGCCGUAAGCACCAUGGCUCUGCAGCCUGACACUGCCUUACACUCUUGCUAACAGCCCUGCUUCUGCUCUUUUGCACAUAGCUGUUUGUGUAAUAUGCUGGACACUGAGGGCCCCCUUCCCCAAAUGCUGGGGUAAAUCAGUGCGGACACUCUGCCAUUUACCAAAAUUAAAAGCAAAAGGGAAAAGGAACUAACUUGCACAGUGUUCAUAAGGGAAUAUGUACCUUCAAUAUUUUGAUUGUAUUGAUCUAACUCUUGAAUGUGGCGACUGGUUUAAGUGCACUAUUGUCCAUGUUGCAUAUGAUAUAACUUAAAUUGCACUGUACAGCAUAUUGGCGUCUAAUGUAUGCUUUGCUAAAGCCUUGGGAAGUGCUGCUGUGUACAGGUUCCUGCGUGAGGGGAAAACAUCUCUGCUAGCACUCCCUUUUUUUGUAACUGUGUGACACUGAAUAGCACUGUGUGAUGUGUGCUAUGUAUCUGUUAACUGCUACAAACCUCAGUGAUGAGUACACUUCUGUCCAAACAUCUGGAAUUGCUAACUGGACUUGGCUGCUGCAUCAGUCUUGGUAUCAUUUUACAUUAAAUAAGUCACAGGGCUGGGAGUUGUGUGCUAUUAUUAGGUGUACGCUUUAUGUGUGCAGAGUCCCAGCUGCUGUGGUGUUGAAAAUAUUGCAAAAAGAAUCACAAAUACGAGAAAAAACUACCAUGGUUGAAAUUGGGGAGAAAAACAGAUACAAAGUGAUGUAAAGUUUGCUGUAGAUAUCUUGACAACACAGUAGAAAUGUCUGUUCAAAUUAAAACCUUGAAGACUAAAAACCUC